AUGCGGGCUUCACUGACUGGUUAUAGAGCGCCUUCACCACAAGCGCUAUCAGUUACAAGGGUCAAUGAUGGACCGGUUCUCGUGAACACUAAGAUACGUCGCAGCGUGCGAGCGUGCGCGCACCGGCGUCGCAACAUGGGCCAGGAACAGUCCCAUGUCGCGCACGGCGGAGUAGCACAAGCGAGGCGGCAAAGGGACGACGAGGAGACGGCGCAGCGGAGGUCCGGCCCGGCGGAGGGCGAGGGUGACCUGAGGCGCCACAGAGCGCGCCGCAGCGGCGAGAGCUUCAAGAGCGACCACUCGACCGAGAGCGGCGGAUACCGCAGCGGAUCUAGCGGCUACCGGAGCGGAUCCAGCAGCUACCGCAGCGGAUCCGGCGGAUUCCAGUCGGACGAUUACCACUGCGCCGCGUUGUAUAAGAACGACCACUACCGCGAUACGAGCAGGGAGUUGUACAGGCCGGUGAAGAUCGCGAAGGAGCGACGCCACAAGGUGCUGUUCGGCGAAGGGGAGGAGUCGAGUCGCUUGGCCAGCUAUCUCAGUGACGAGGGCAAAGCCAAGCCGAAGGGCGCAGCGCCAACGGCAAAGAGGACGGGGAUAAGGAACUACACGCCGAAGAUACUGUCAGACGGCGAGCCGAAGAGGAUAGAGAGUUGGAUU